UCGUACGAGUCCCUUUCUAUGUUACCUACAUGGGUAUCCUCAUAAAGAUAGUGAUAUAUGCAUAUUAGAGAGAUAUGCAUUAAUAUAUGCAUUAAAUGGUUCCUUAGUGGGUCUCCGAAAUUUCCCACUCUUCUGGUCCCCGAGAAGAAAAGACUUAGAAAAGACAAGACGACAAGAACCCCUAUUCGACCACAAUUUUCAAGAUGACAAGCGAGACUCUACCGCAAAGCCUUGAAUUCCUCACUGAUGCCGCACACCUUCUCGUGAAGACGGCGCCUGAGACCUCGGCGUACCUUAUGACGCGGCGGAACUCGCUAAUAUUCCACAAUGAUUUAGAGCAGUCGGACUUGCAAAGACAACAUGUGUGCGGUGCCUGUGGACAUAUCAUGAUCCCCGGCCAAGGAAGCGAGCUAAAGAUAGAGACAAACAUGAACUCACAGCGAAAAAAGUUGAAAAGGAAGAAGGAUAGCUCCAAGGCUAUAACUGGGAAGAGCACACCAAUAGCCGAUCGUCGAAAGAAGUUUACUUGUGGGAUGUGCGGUCGGUACACCGAUAUUGUAUUUCCUCCCGUAGCGCCUAUAUCUGGGCGUCGUCUACUAAAGCCAACAAAGUCCAUGAGUUUAGGCACAGCUCACCGCAAUGCGCCUAUACCCUCCGAGCCAGCUAAAGUCUCAGCAAGUGCUAGCAGCAAGAAGAGGGCCAAGAGUAGAAAACAAGGCCUUCAAGCUUUGCUUCAGCAGGCUCAAUCUUCUGCAUCGAAAUCUCAGAGUGGUCUUGGCUUGAGUUUGAGCGACUUCAUGUCAAAAUGAUCUAUCUACAUUAGGUACCUCCUAGUAUUGAGGUACUGGAUUACAUUACACCAAUCAGGUGCUGCAUUGCUUACAAAAAGUUGCCGUGGCAGGAGACUUCUCGACCCUUCCAACAGGGGCUAGCAAUCACUAGCUCUCGGGCGAUAGUGGUGCUGUGUGCCACUGAUAAGAUUUGGGUUGUGGGAUAUGUCAUAACCCCGCGCUACCGCGACAAUUGCCCCUCCAGAUUUUUAUUUCAAGUCAAACACAAUAGAAGUAGUCGAUCAACAUAUUUAUAUAUUUAUAUUUUGACGACGAGUAAAGAACCAAAACAAUUUUUUAUCGACAAGAGCUGAAAAUAACAAUACGAUUCAAAAUGCCUACAGUCGACGAACCAGGACACUCGACCAUUGUUUCCCCGCCCGACUUCUUCGAGUCCAUCGGCCACAAAGCUGGACAUCUCGCCUCCACUACUGAUGGAACAACUGGAACAAAUGGAGUCGCGGAUACGAAUGGCGACGAGGAGAAGGUUGUCGAGGAAAUCGAGUCGCUGUGCAUGAACUGCCAUGAAAAUGUAUGU